AUGCAUACGUGCCGUCCCCGCGGCGUGCAUAGCAUCGCUCUAGUGCUGAGUCUCGCCAUUGCAUGGUUACCGCACGCCGACCACGCCGCGGGAGCGGGCGGAGGAGGGAUGUUUGGUGACGUCAAUAUUUCAGCCAUUUUGGAUUCACUAAGUGUAAGCUAUGACAAGAGAGUGAGGCCAAAUUAUGGAGGACCGCCCGUGGAUGUGGGAGUCACCAUGUACGUGCUCUCCAUCAGCUCCUUAUCUGAAGUGAAAAUGGACUUCACACUGGAUUUCUACUUCAGGCAGUUUUGGACGGACCCAAGGCUCGCGUAUAAGAAGAGAACAGGUGUAGAGACACUCUCUGUCGGAUCAGAAUUUAUUAGGAAUAUUUGGGUACCUGACACUUUUUUCGUAAAUGAGAAGCAGUCCUAUUUCCAUAUUGCUACGACAAGCAACGAAUUCAUUCGCAUUCAUCAUUCUGGAUCUAUCACAAGGAGUAUAAGACUGACUAUCACUGCUUCUUGUCCUAUGGAUUUACAAUAUUUUCCUAUGGAUCGUCAAUUAUGCAACAUCGAAAUUGAAAGUUUCGGCUACACGAUGAGGGACAUCCGGUACAAGUGGAACGAGGGGCCCAACUCUGUGGGUGUGUCCAGCGAGGUGUCCCUGCCGCAGUUCAAGGUCUUGGGCCAUCGCCAGCGCGCUAUGGAGAUCUCCCUCACCACAGGAAACUAUUCCCGGCUGGCGUGCGAGAUCCAAUUCGUGCGCUCGAUGGGCUACUACUUGAUUCAGAUAUACAUUCCAUCUGGCUUGAUUGUGAUUAUUUCUUGGGUGUCUUUUUGGUUGAACCGCAAUGCGACGCCGGCCCGAGUGUCGUUGGGCGUCACCACCGUGUUGACCAUGACCACGCUCAUGUCAUCAACCAAUGCUGCGCUGCCUAAGAUCUCAUACGUGAAGUCUAUCGAUGUGUACCUGGGCACCUGCUUCGUGAUGGUGUUCGCUAGUCUUCUAGAAUACGCAACUGUUGGGUAUAUGGCAAAACGAAUACAGAUGAGGAAACAAAGGUUUACUGCAGUGCAAAAAAUAGCAGCAGAGAAGAAGAUACAGAUAGAUGGUCCGCCGGGGCCGUCAGAGCCACUGCCUCCACCGAGGACGAGUACUCUGAACAGGCCACUUCCACCGAGCAGAUCAUCGGAGGUCCGGUAUAAGGCACACGAUCCCAAAGUGUAUUCAAAAGGUGGAACAUUGGAAAAUACUAUUAAUGGAUCUCGCGCACCACCACCCCCACCCCCUGCACCGCAACCUGACGAAGAAGCUGGACCUCCUCCUCAUUUGAUUCAUGCAUCAAAGGGCAUCAACAAACUCCUGGGCACGACACCUUCGGACAUCGAUAAAUAUUCGCGCAUCGUGUUUCCCGUGUGCUUCGUCUGCUUUAACCUCAUGUACUGGAUCAUUUAUCUUCACGUGUCGGAUGUCGUCGCUGAUGACCUAGUCUUACUCGGCGAGGAAAACUAA